GGGCCGGCCCAGCGACCGCCAUUUUGGGAGGCGGGCUGAUGGGGUCCGGCGGCUGGGGCUGGUGGCGGGCGGCGCGGGUCCUGCGGGCGGCCGGCGGCGGCUGGUGGCGGCCGGCGGCGCCAGGUCCUGGGGCGGUGGGUGCCACCGGCCGCCACCUCUGCGCUGGUGGGCUGCCAAGCCUUUCCUACCAAGAGCUCAAAGACUUGAAGAAGACCAAUGUCCUCCACAUAGACGUGCGGGAGAGGUGGGAGAUCGACAGGUUUGGAAAAAUCCCAGCAUCCAUCAACAUACCCUUGGGUGAAUUAGUGGAAGCUCUACAAAUGGACCCAACGGAGUUCAAGAAGCAGUACAAUGAAAAGAUGCCAUCCAAGUCAGACCCUGUGGUUUUCUCCUGUUUGGCAGGAACAAGAAGUAAACAAGCACUCGGUUUUGCCACUUCCUUGGGUUUCAGCAGAGUUCAGCAAUAUUCUGGUGGCUUUGAGGAUUGGGUAAAACAUGAACCUCCAGAGAAAAAAUGAAGAUGACUACCCCAACUCUUUCCCCAUCAAGGCUCCGGGAGGGUCGGUGGGUUUUAGCAUUCAAACUACGUGCAUUCCACUCCCAGAAUACAGCCCACUCCAGUUUUCUUGUGUAAAUGGACAUUCACCUUCAAAUAGCUGUGCAAAUCAAUUGCUUGGUUUAAAUCAUAUCUGAAGAUUAUGACAUGAACAAAGGAUGUUAAAUUUAUUCAACCUUUACUGGGCUAUGUUUUUUGGUGAAAUUAUGUGAAGAGGACCUAAGUGCUUAUUGCAUUUACUAAGAUUUUUGUGUGAUGUAGUUUAUGACUGUUUAAUGAUGAUAUGACAAAUAAAAUUAUCAUUUCCCAAAUAAC